CGGCGGGGACGGGAUCCGCGCGGCCAUUGCCCGGGACCCGCCCGCGGCCUCCGUCAGUGCAGGGCCGCGCGCCGCUGGGGCUUGCGGUUCUGCGAUGGUGCCCUGCCUCAGUUUCCCUGGAGUCCUGGCCGCGGGGCCAGCUGAAACGCCACCGAUGGCGGGUUCAUCACUUGUCUUACAUUUUUAAAUCUUUAUUUUUUGCUUACGCGUGCGCGUGUGGAGGUCUGAGGACAACUUGCGGGAGCCGGGUCUUGGCUUGAUCCCUGUGGUUUCUAGGGACGGAACUCAGGUCAGGCUUGGCGGCGCGCGCCUUUGACCGCCGAACUGUGUCGCCAGUCCCGGCUUUUUGCGGGUUUUGUUGGUUUUGAGACAAGAUCUCACUGUGUAGCUCUGGCUGUCCUGGAACUAGGCUCCUGAGUACCUGUUCCAUACCAGACACUCAGAUUCAGGCAGAAAACCCCUCCCCUCCUGGAGCAGGCGCGAAUGACCCAGGACUAGAGGUCCAGAGAGGGUGACUGAGGGCACCUGAGGCGACCAGCCUGGAGGCCUGAGCUGACCUGUGAAGGCAGUGAGCGGCCUGUGGUAGGUUCUAUGAGAAGUGGGCCCCGAUUGUUUUGGGAGGGGUGUGUGAGUCACUUUUGCAAAGAGGCUCAGAGAGGCACAGCUAGUAUAAGAAGCCACACAGCACAAGGAGACAGAGUGGGGAUGAGACACAGCUGAGCCUUCAGGUGGCUGAGGCCACAACCCCACUGCUCUGUGGGGACAAGCUGGUCUGAGCCUCUAACUCAGCAGGAAGCUGUCCCCAACAGCAGCGUGGGUGGCAUGAGGUGGCGAGAAAAUAAGUAUUUGUCUGGCAGCAGUCUCUCCCUCCACCCGGGUCAGGUGGCACAGCCUGGCCCUACAGAGCCACCACCCAGCCCUCGUUCCUCCAGACCUAGGUGCCACAGGCAGAGGGGUGGACGGUGGCCGAGUGUCUUCUGCAUUCCAGGCUGUUUACAUACCUCUCGUGAAAGGCAUGACUGCCGUCUGCAGAGCGAGGCUGUGACAGGGGACCCACGGGUUGCAGGGCCUCCUCCGAGGGGCCACACUGGUGACGUGCGUGCUGCCUCCCGGGGACGGGCGCGGGCGCUGCGGCCAUGAAGCUGAACGAGCGCAGCCUGGCCUUCUACGCGACCUGCGACGCGCCGGUGGACAACGCGGGCUUCCUGCACAAGCGCGGCGGGCGCGGCGUGGGCUCGCACCGGCGGUGGUUCGUGCUUCGGGGCAACAUGCUCUUCUACUUCGAGGCGGAGGCUAGCCGAGAGCCGCUGGGCGUCAUCCUGCUGGAGGGUUGCACGGUGGAGCUGGUGGACGCCAGGGAGGAAUUCGCCUUCGCCGUGCGCUUCGCUGGUGGCCGCUCCAGGCCCUAUGUACUGGCAGCCGACAGCCAGGCGGCCUUGGAGGGCUGGGUGAAGGCACUGUCCAGGGCCAGCUUCCACUACCUGCGCUUAGUGGUGCGAGAGCUGGAGCAGCAGCUAGCAGCCAUGCGCGAGAGGGGCCCCACCAACGCAUUGCCUGCCAACCCAAGCCCGGUCUCGAACCCGCGCCCCAAAGAGAAUGGCCGGGCAGUGUGGAGUACGCUGCCUGAGCAACCAGCUGCAGCUCCCCAGCGCCCACCACUGCCACCCCGCCGAAGGGCCUCUGCAGCCAAGGGUUCCUUGGCCACCUUCGCCCAGCUGCAUGAGCGAUAUGGAUUGGAGGUGCAGGCCCUCAGGAACCAGUGGCGUGGACGGCAGGCUGGCCUAGCUGACCUAGCUGGCUUGGAGGACCCCUGGCUUCCUUCUGGUUCUGGUGGGAUCAGAACCCAGACCCAGGACCAGCCUUAAGGGGCCUACAGGUUGAGGGAGGCCUGAGAACAGAAGGCCCUGACAUGGUUUGGACUCAAGCCAGGCUCGCAGGGGACAUAGGACAUGUGACUCAGAAGAUCUGGCCCCUGGAGUCAGUGGCACUUACUGCCGAGGAGAAGAAUCUGGGACUUGAACAUAUUUCAAGAGCCUGAGGAGCUGGUGUCCAGAGAACUCUGACCCAGGGCAGUCUGUGUGACCCUGGAGCUGGCCUCGGGCCUGUGGGGCCCAGGGUCCACCUGAUACUGGGCCUUGCAAGGAUCCAAGGUCUGGGACUGAGAGCUGCUGCCUGGGCUGCUGUGGGCUGAGGCAGCAGGCAGCAGGGAGAAGGUGGAGCUUGAACUGGAUAGGUCCCCAAGGCUCCUGGCCUGGAACCAGCUAAGGCAGGACUUUGCCCGGCCCUGCAGGCAGCCGGCCCUCGAUUGAGCCAAGGCAGGGCCUCCGAGAGCUACCGGACCUCAGCCGUGGGCUGUGACCCAGCUUCCUCAGCAGGUUCACCUGGAGGAGAUAGGCCUACGGCUGAUUUCACGCCUGCGGGAGGAAGAGUCCAGGUGCUGCCCCUGGGCCCUGGACAGGUGACCGGUGGACUUCCUUGCUGCGUCCACUUCUCAUCACCACAGUGCUGGCUGCCUUCCAGAGUGCCGGGCCUGACAAGUGCCCCACCUGGGUAUUGUUUACAGUCCUCCUCAGUGCCCUGCCCUGGGGCCUGGAGGACACUGUCACUCCAAUCACUGCAUUAUAUGGACAGAUUUCACCCUGGCCCCUCUCCUCUGUCCCGGGAGGCCCCGGGCUGGGGUUCCAUGGGCGCAUCUGUCGCCAGGGCCUCUUGGCUCCCUGCUGGCUCAGGGGCCAGGGCUUGGCUCUGGGUUUUUCUUUGAAGUAGGUAAGGUAUUGCCUUUGUCUUUCUUCCAGCAGUGAAGCUUAGUGCUCACCCCUCCCCCUCCACCUCCGUUAGGGUUGGCUGGCCAGGUAGGGUGGUGUUGUCCCCAGGGAGCUGGCCCUGGCAGGAGACACACAGGCGCUGGCUGUCUUGGCCCUUACCUCUCUGUGCCCCGAGCUCGGCUGUCUGCACAGGUGCCUCUGGGGACUUGGUCCCUAUCCCUUCAACUCCCCCACUGUGUGGGGCUCAGGACCUUCUGAUGUGGUCCGGCUGGGAGGCUAAGGCAUAGACUCUAGCCUGGGAUGGUUUCACCAACUCUAAUAAAGGUACGGGACAGCGGGUGGGGGCAGAGUAGAGGUGCCCCCUUCUCCCAAAGCACAAGAUGAGGUCCAGCUGAUUCUGGAGCUAGAAGAGAUGUCAGCAAUGGCCAGGGUACGAGGGCCAGAAUAAAAGCUGGUCAAGUAA